UCCAGGACAAUUUUAUAACAAAGAUGACAUUGUUGUGUAAAUAACGAAUUUUUAUCUUGAUCAAAUAUCCGAAUGUACACCGAAUGCUCCCGAAAGUUCUCGAGCAUGUCCGGGAAGUUCUAAAACCAGAUCACGAUGGACUCAGGCCCAGUCAACGCUUAUCACACUCUGGCUUCGGACGGUUAACGCGUUAAGUCCCAGAUGUUUCAUAAUCAAUCGGUGUUUAUAGCGAUUUAAAGGCACGCAGUCUGGGAAGUAGAUCUGCGUUAUCAGGAGCUACGGUUCAUCUCAGAAUAAUUCUACGGCCUCCCGGAACAACGAGUUAAUUUUUGGACUCAGAGCAGCGAUCUGGAGCGCCAUGACCGGCGACACAUGUGCCAUUGUCACGUGCUUCCUGUUCCUAACGACUAUCACACUCGCCAAUGGGCAACUGUUAUCUACGGAACAUCGAACUAACGCAGCAUCGGAACGAGUGAACGAUCUGUGGUGUUAUCAUUGUCACACGUCGGACGAUGGAGAGAGAUGUUCCAAUCUGACCGGAAAUUACACCGCUUUCGAGCACAAGUGCACUGGUGACAAAAGGACUUGCAUGGUAAAACGAUUUUCGUUCACCACAAGUACAGAGGAUUCAACUUCCAGUCCUUUGACUUGGUCACUCGAGAGAAAUUGUACGAGCAAAUGCGAACCUGGAUGUAUAGUAAUCGGUGAACGUACAAAAUUAUCGGCUUGCACAACUUGUUGCGAACAAUCGUUGUGUAACGUCGGUACAGGAGCCAGUAAUGACUUGACGAUGAAAGGGAUCGAUGUGUUUCUAGCUUUGUUAUUGCAAAUCACUUUAACCAUCAUCAUGUAUCCCUCGUGAUAUUGUAAAUAAAAUGGUAGCCGACCUCGCGUGUAAAUAAGUAAUUCGGUUUAUCGUUCCAUUUCGAUCUUUCAUUCGUUGAAUUGAAACGAUAUUUCGCGUACAAUUUACGUUUUGUACAUCUUGCUGUAAUAUACUUACGAUAAGUUGUAACAUAUCUAUAUCGAU